ACUCGCUGUGUGUGUGGUGUGCAGCAAGGAUGGCGACAACACUGAACAGGAUUAUCAACCACAAGGCUAAGUGGCAUCUCAUCGACGCCAGUGGACAGAUCGUAGGCCGCCUCGCGGCCCAGAUCGCUCCCAUCAUCCGCGGGAAGCACAAGCCGACCUUCUGCCCGAACGACGACUGUGGCGAUGUCGUUGUCGUGGUCAACGCCAAUGCGGUGGAGUUCACAGGAAACAAGUGGCAAAAGAAGGUUUACAGAUGGCAUUCCGGUUUUCCUGGCGGGUUAAAGGAGCGGCCGGCAGACGACCAGCUAGUACGCAAGCCAGAAGAGAUCCUGCGCCGGGCGGUGAUGGGCAUGCUGCCUAAGAACAGCCUCCGGAAGCGGAUGGUGACAAAGCUGCUCAUCUACCCGGGGCCCUCGCACCCCCACGACGACAGGCUGCCGACGGACUCCGCCCAGUCUCUCCUGGAGAAGAGCGAUCGCAAGCUGAUCGACAGACGGCCCACUGACAUCAAGAAGUACCAGGACGACAACUACAUCGAGUGGCCAUAGCAUGGCCCCUGAUUGCGCUAGUGUAGUGGCCAUAGCGUGGCCCUUGAUGACUCUUGUCUAGCGGGCCGGCUGUGGUCUGUAUGGGUGUGAUGACGUUUUUUUUCCUGGCGCGAAACCCGCUCGGAUAUCUGUGCGUUUUUCCUAGGGUAGUUUAUUUUGUUGA